AUGCUGAUUGAAGGUGGUUCUACGUACCGACAGCGCGACAGAUCUCGCUCGCCAUAUCGCGAACGCAGCGCUCGGAGCCCAAGACACCGCCGACGCUCUUAUUCACCUCGAAGCCGGUCUCGCAGUCGGGAUAGAGACGAGUACCGGAACCAGCGGAGAGACAAUAGGUCACGGAGCCCUAUGACCGGGAGCGGAAACCAAGGAGGGUAUUCUGGUCAUCACGGUGGAAGAGGAGGUCCACCACGCUCAUUCGAGGAUCGCGCUGCGGCAAAGGAAGCAAUGAUGCAAAGCGUUCGCGAAAGCUCUCAACAGGACCGACGCGUCUACGUCGGCAACCUUUCUUACGACGUCAAAUGGCACCAUUUGAAAGACUUCAUGCGACAAGCCGGCGAAGUCCUUUUCGCUGAUGUUCUCUUAUUACCGAAUGGAAUGUCGAAGGGAUGCGGAAUUGUGGAAUACGCUACGAGAGACCAGGCUCAAAACGCUGUCAACACCCUCAGCAACCAAAACCUUAUGGGUAGACUAGUAUAUGUUCGAGAGGAUCGCGAGGCAGAACCGAGAUUCACUGGGCCUCCCGGCGCCGCAAGAGCUGGAGGGCCCGGUGGUGGUGGCGGCGGCGGAUAUAACGGCGGCGGAUACGGCGGCGGCAGCGGAGGGGGUGGUUACAACUCGAACAACUCGAUUGGUGCCUCAUCCGGUGGAGCUGGUGCCGCUAGCGGCGGAGCUGGCGGUCGCCAAAUCUUCGUAUCAAACUUGCCCUUCCAUGUCGGGUGGCAAGACCUCAAGGACAUGUUUAGGCAAGCUGGUUCCGUGGUUCGAGCCGAUGUACAUGUGGGACACGACGGACGACCAAAGGGCAGCGGUAUUGUCGCUUUCGAAACUCCUGAAGACGCCCGAAAUGCUAUUCAACAAUUCAACGGUCAUGAUUGGCAAGGUCGUACCCUCGAAGUUAGAGAGGAUCGAUUUGCUGGAAGCACUCCAUUCGGUGGCGGUGGUGGUGGCGGUGGCGGUUUCGGUGGUGGACGUGGUGGCUUCGGAGGCGGGCGUGGUGGCUUCGGAGGCGGUCGCGGCGGCUUUGGAGGCGGUUUUGGAGGCGGCCGUGGUGGAUUCGGCGGAGGACGUGGCGGAUUCGGAGGAGGAGGCUACGGCGCUGGCUCAACUGGCGGUGCUAGUGGAGGGGACUUCAACACCCCAGCUGCUCAACCAAACCCAUUUACAGACUUCGCUACCGGCGGCGGCGAUAGGGCUCCAACCAUCUUUGUCCGAAAUCUCCCAUGGUCUACGAGCAACGACGACUUGGUGGAACUAUUCACCACGAUCGGUAAGGUCGAACGUGCUGAGAUUCAGUAUGAGCCAAGCGGACGCUCUCGUGGAACCGGCGUCGUCCAAUUUGAUACAGCCGAAAAUGCCGAGACGGCCAUUUCCAAAUUCACUGGUUACCAAUAUGGUGGCCGUCCACUAGGACUUAGCUUCGUUAAAUAUACCAAUGUUAAGGGCGGCGAUGCUAUGGAGGGUACGGAACAAACUAUAUCACAGGAUCAGAUGCUUUGA